GAACGCCGAAGAAAAAAAAAAACAACUACAACACGCGGAGAAAACAGCUUAAAAUAUUUAAGAAAAAUAUCAAUAAAUUCGUAAUUGUUAGUCAAAAAGUAGAGAAAAUGGCUGAUGUGCUAGAUAUCGACAAUGCCGAAGAGUUUGAAGUGGAUGAGGAUGGCGACCAGGGCAUUGUGCGCUUAAAGGAAAAGGCCAAGCACCGCAAGGGACGCGGUUUCGGCAGCGACAGCAACACACGCGAGGCAAUACACAGUUAUGAGAGGGUGCGGAAUGAGGACGACGACGAACUGGAGCCAGGGCCGCAGCGUUCGGUCGAGGGCUGGAUAUUGUUUGUCACCUCCAUACACGAGGAGGCGCAGGAGGAUGAAAUCCAGGAGAAGUUUUGCGAUUAUGGCGAGAUCAAGAACAUUCACUUGAACCUGGAUCGGCGCACAGGCUUCUCCAAGGGCUACGCACUGGUCGAGUAUGAGACGCACAAGCAGGCGCUUGCCGCCAAGGAGGCGCUCCAUGGCGCCGAUAUAAUGGGCCAAACGAUUCAAGUGGAUUGGUGCUUCGUGAAGGGACCGAAGCGCGUCAAGAAAUCGGAAAAGCGUCGCAGAUAGGAAAUUUGAAUAUAUAUCUAACUCUUAAACUAGCAUAAAACCAACGAAUACAAAUGGAAAA